GCACCAUCAAAAAAAAUUACCCAACAUAAAACCAAGCCCUAGCUAGGUAGGGUUUUUGUGCAUCGGGUCUGGGUUUGAGCGACGACGGAGAGAAAAUGAAGACGAUUCUCUCAUCGGAGACUAUGGACAUCCCGGACGAGGUUAAGAUCAAGGUGAAGGCGAAGCAAAUUGAAGUUGAAGGUCCGAGGGGUAGGCUUUCUCGCAACUUCAAGCAUCUCAACCUCGAUUUCCAGCUCAUCACCGACGAAGGCACCGGGAAGAAGAAGCUCAAGGUCGACGCCUGGUUCGCGUCGCGCAAAUCGAUGGCCGCUAUCCGUACGGCGCUCAGCCACGUCCAGAACCUCAUCACCGGCGUCACAAAUGGCUUCCGGUACAAGAUGCGCUUCGUCUACGCUCACUUUCCCAUCAACGCCUCCAUCACCAAUGAAAACAAGUCAAUUGAGAUCCGAAACUUCCUUGGAGAGAAGAAGGUUCGAAAAGUUGACAUGCUUGAUGGGGUUAAUGUUGUUCGCUCUGAAAAGGUUAAGGAUGAGUUGAUACUUGAUGGGAAUGACAUUGAACUCGUAUCUCGAUCAUGUGCCCUUAUCAACCAAAAAUGCCUUGUCAAGAACAAGGAUAUCAGGAAAUUCCUUGAUGGUAUAUAUGUCAGUGAGAAGGGAAAAAUCGUUGAGGAAGCAUAGUUUAGCUAUCGACUUUGGCUUUAUAGUUUGGGACUAGUUAACCGUAAAGACCUAUCGUACAAUCCUUUUUUGUUUACUUUGGCCCUUUAUUUUAGUUUCAAGCAUGUUUCUAUUUGCCUCUGUUAAAGUAUUAGUUUUGGAAUGAACAAUACAUCGGGAAGAGGCGUAGGAAGAAGCUUAUGUGUAGUGAGUUUAAAUCUACCAAACUAUUCUAAAACACGGGACAUGUGUUUGUAUGUAGAUCUUAUCCCUUGAGAAUAGAGAUUUUAUUUCGAAGAGAUUCUUAGCUCAAGCAAAAUAGAAAGGACAUAGCACGACUAAAAAACUAACAAAAAG